GAACCGAGGUUACUGAACUCAAUUGGCGGCCCUUACUGGUUAAGAACUCUUCCCUCUACCGAUCAGAACCCAACCAAUUCAUGAUUACCCGCCAUAGUGCAUGUCCACGGGGCCGAACCGAUGAAACCAGUUAGCUGACCGCAGAACCCACUGGCUCCUAACUGGGGACUAGCACAUCUGUCCAGUCUAUGAUCCCAAACAACAAUCUCUUCAUCUGAAGUUCAGUUCCUUAAGUUGGUUUGAGUCUGCAACUGGAUUAUCUGGGUCGUUUGUUUCUCUCGAUCAUCCCCGAUCAAAGCCUUCGCUGAUGGUAGCAGUGCUGCUAAUGAUUCAGAAUGUUGAGAAGGGAUACUCUGGUUUUCACCAAUCGCCUAUAGAUGCUUUCCAGCUCCUCUUCUGCCUCUUUAAUGCUUGACUCAAAUGCUUCCAAUUCUUUAAGAAGGUUUUGAAGUUGUGAAAGACUGAUCUCUUUGCUUGACUUCAAGAUGAGCAAUUCAGCAUCAAUCUUCUCUGCUUCAUUGACCUCAAUUUCCACUUCACAUGAGACGCGCUUGGUUUGCAAUAAUUUUGAGAUGACAGACCAGCCAGUGGGCACUGAUUUUGCCUUUGGCUCAGAAAUGAAAGAUAAUAUCGACUCAAACACCACAAGACCAAUUGCUUGAACUCCUCUUAGCAUGCUAAUCAUGUUCAGCAAAUCAGAAUUACUGUCCAAAACUGCUGUUGUGCAAUUUCUCUCCUUUUUCUUCAAAUUUUUUAGACAUUUGCAAAUUGCUUUAUUCAGAUUUUUUCUUGAUGCCAUAUAUGCAUCAACUUCGCUUGUCAAGCCACAGUCUCUGCCUUUUCUUCUACGGAUAGAUAAUUCAAACUCCUGAACACGUUCCUUCAUCUGUGAGAAAAAGUCUCUUGUGGAAUCACAAAAAUCCAACAAUUCCAGAGAUCCAUUCAAUGCAUUUUGUACAUACUGGCUUUGCCUCUCAGGGGACAGAGUCUGUUGGGCUUGUGGCAGUUGAAGUAAAUCAUCAACACACUCGAGCAAAUUCUUUAGGCCAUUCAAUUUGUGGCCUAUUGAUGAAGAUUGUGAUGCCUUCAACUUGUAUAGCUGCUCCUCAAUACUAACAGUUAGAGGAUGAGAUCUGGAUGGGAAGCUGAUUGAACGGAGAUGACAAGCAGCCAUUUGUUUCACUUCUAAAGAAGAAAGCCUACCAGGAAUGUGAAUAUGCAGAAUUUGAUGACCUUCAAUAGAAUAUUAACAUCCACAAGUAAGGUGCAGCUUCCUUCCCAGACAAACAAGAACUGAUUAUUGUUUUUUCAUGUAUUAUCUGCACGCCAUUGGACAAUGAGAUUCUCGACACUUGACAAACUCUAGCUGUGAUGGCUGGUGUCUAGGAACAGUGAAGUGUGAAAUUGCAAUUGCAUCUUGAAUGGAAUAUGAAAUUCUGAAGAGAAUAUAUUUUUGAAGUGUGGAAGGCAAAUUGAUGGAAAAAUGAGCAAUCUUAACAUGUUAGUAUUGAAUUCAUUCUCUAUCUGUACAUAUCUACAAUUUGGAGUAGAACUCUAUGAAACAAAAUUGUGGUGAACAGUUGAUUGAAGCAACACCACUAAUGAUUCAGAAUGUUGAGAAGGGACACUCUGGUUUUCACCAAUAGCCUAUAUAGGCAUUCCAGCUCCUCUUCUGCCUCUUGCAUGCUAGACUCAAAUGCUUCCAAGUCUUUAAGAAGGCUUUGAAUUUGGGAGAGACUGAUGUCUUUGCUUGACUUCAGGAUAAGCAAUUCAGCAUCAAUCUUCUCUACUUCAUUUUCUUCAGUUUCCACAUCAUAUGAAACACGCUUCGACUGUAGCAAUUUUGGGAUUAGAAACCAGCCAGAGGGCAAUGAUUUUACCUUAGGCUGAGAAAUGAAAGAUAGGAUUGACUUGAACAUCACAAGACUAAUUCUCUGAACUCCUCUUAGCAUGCUGAUCAUGUUCUCCAAAUUGGAGUCCAAUGUUGUUAUUGUAAAAUGCAUCUCCUUUUUCUUCAAGUUUCUUAGACACUUGCUAAUUGCUUUGUUCAACUUCUUUCUAGAUACCAUGUAUGCAUCAACUUCUCUUGUGAAAUAGAGUCUGUGCUUUUUCUUCUGCGGAGAGAUAGUUCAAGUUCUUGCAAACAUUCCUUCAUCUGUGAGAAUAAAUCUCUUGUUGUAUCACAUAUAUCCAAUAGCUCCAGAGAUCCAUUCACUGCGUCUCCUAUGCACUGGUUUUGCCUCUCAUUGGAGAUUGUCUGUUGGACAAAUGACAGUUGAAGAAAAUCAUCAACAGACUCGAAUAAAUUCUUUAGGCCAUUCAAUUUGUGUCCUAUUGAUGAGGUUUCUGAUGUCCUCAACUUGCAUAACUGCUCUUCAAUGUUUACUCUUAGAGGAUGAGAUCUAGAAGGUAAGCUGAUUGAUCGGAGAUGACUAGCUGCCAUUUUUUUCCCUUCUAUUGAGGAAAGCCUAUAGAGAAUUUGAAUGUUGUAAUGGUCUUGGCUGUUGUUCAAACCAACACAUUGAACCUGUUAUAUAUGGAUGAGCAAUCGAUCAUAAGAAGAAUACCAUCUUCUUGAUCUACAUUAGCUGUCAUGUCCUGAGUUUUUGAGACAAUCUUGGCAACCUUUUGUCUGUGCAGUGCUGUUGGUGAGCUGUGAUUUAAAGAAUUGGGCGAUUAUUGGUUAAGUAUUGUUAUACAAACUACAAUUUCUGCGAGGUUCCAACAUCGAGAUCUCCAAGUAAUUAUAUAGCAUUGAUCUUGAAGACAAUGCAUAAGCCGAAGGACUGCAAUAAAAAUACUCAUCCACGAGCUGCAGCAUGCAGUUUCAUUAAUAAUUAAUGAGGCUUCUGAACAACUCUCGCUGCCAUGCGGUCCAGGGAAUCUGACAAACUUCGGUAAAAUAUUAACAUCCAUGUGCAAGAUGCAGCUUCCUUUCUAGACAAACAAGAACCUGCACAUUGUUGUUGUUGUUUUCAUAUAUUUUCUGCAUGCCAAUGGAUGAUGAGACUCUCGAGCCUUAAGCAACUCUGGUUGUGAUGCCUGGUGUCUGUGAACAGAAUCUGAUGAACUUCAGUAAAAUAUUAACGUCUACAGGCAAGAUGCAGCUUCCUUCCCAGACAAACAAGAACCUGCACAUUAUUGUUCUUUUCAUAUAAUUUCUGCAUGCCAAUGGAUGAUGAGACUCUUGACCCUUAAGCAACUUGGCUGUGAUGCCUGGUGUCUGUGAGCAGGUUUGCUUUACUGGGACUACUACGAAAACACGAAACUUAUGCUUCUCGCAGUCUUAAUCUAGUGAAGGGGUUUAAACAGCAAGUAUUUAUCGGCAGUAGUUUGCGGCUCUCAAACGAACUUAAAAGGAUUGACAGAGUGAAGAAGAUUACCAAAUUCGUGAAAUUGAAGAUGAGACAACGUGACCUAAAUGAAAAUAUGCAUGAGAUAAACGGACCAUAAAUAUCUCCUCCCACUUUUAUAAUAGCCCAAGUGAAGCUCCCAGUCACUAAACAAACCCCUGAAAACUGCUUACGAAGGGAGGAUUUUCAUGGGGAUUAUUAAGCUCUCACAAGGCUGGUUGUUAGCAAUGUGCGAUUACAACACAUUACCCCAUACUAAGCUAAACAAUGUGUUCGUUAGUCACGGCCAUAUUAGACACGAUUGACACUCUACUGAUUACUUCUCCAUCAGUUUGUUUCAUAUGAAAUAUCAGCUAAACCUCAUCUAUAUGUGGAUCAUGCUUCCCUUAUUGUCUACAAAUUCUUAUCGCCUCCUGUGCGCAUGGAUGCAUUAUUUAUUUAAUUACAAUUUAUUAAUCUCCAUCCUCCACGGUCUGUGUCUGAAAAUUAGAAGAAACCAAGGCUGCCAAGAUUCUUCCUGCUCCUCCUGGACACCAGGGAAAUGAGAGUGGUUCAAGAGCAUUAUCAUUGAUGUAACUUCAUCCUGCAGCUCGUGGGUGUGAGUAUUUUUUUUAUUCCAAUCCUUAAGCCUCUGCACAUGCAAACAAAAGCAGGAAAUUAACAACCCAAUCAAAUAGCCAUUUUAAAUUAAUUUGAUUAUCUUAAUAGAAUAAUUACACGCAGGGAUUCAAGCUUAAUGUUAUCUAAUCACUCUGAGCUCUCUGUGUUGGAACCUUGUGGAACAAUACUUUAAUCAAUAAUCGCGAAUUUCUUUAAAUCAAAUUGCUCACUCACAACACUGCUUUGACGAGACAUUGCUAGGACAGUCUCAAAAUUGAGGACAAGACAACUAAUGUAGAUCAAGAACAUGGGAUUCUUCUUAUUAUCAGUUCAUCAACUAUAUAUAAUAGGUUCAAUAUGGGGGUUCAAAUAAUAGAUAAGAUCACCAGUACAUUCAAAUUCUUUGUAGGCUUUCAUUUUCAGAAGAAAAAAAAUGGCAUCUUGUCAUAUCCGAUCAAUAAGCUUACCUUCUAGAUCUCAUCCUCUAACAGUGAACAUUGAGGAGCAGUUGUGCAAGUUAAACGCAUCGCAAUCCUCAUCAAUAGAGCACAAAUUGAGUGGCCUAAAGAAUUUGUUCAAGUCUGUUGAUGAUAUUCUUGAACUGUCACUUGCCCAACGGACAAUCUCCAGUGAGAGGCAAAGCCAUUCCGUGGAAAAUGCAAUAAAUGGAUCUCUAGAGCUAUUGGAUAUAUGUGAUACAACAAGAGAUUUAUUUUCACAGAUGAAGGAAUGUUUGCAAGAACUUGAACUAUCUCUGCGCAGAAGAAAAGGCGGAGACUCUAGCUUCACAAGUGAAGUUGAUGCACACAUGGUCUCUAGAAAGAAGUUGAACAAAGCAAUUAGCAAGUGUCUAAGAAAUUUGAAGAAAAAGGAGAGGAAUUUCACAGCAGCAACCUUGGACAAUAAUUCUAAUUUGGAGAACAUGAUCAGCUUGCUAAGUACUGUUCAAGAAAUUAGUCUUGUCAUGUUCGAGUCUAUCUUAUCCUUCGUUUCUCAGCCCAAGGUAAAAUCAUUGCCCUCUAGCUGGCUCGUAAUCCCAAAAUUGCUGCAGUCCAAGCGUAUUUCAUGUGAAGUGGAAAUCGAAUUGAAUGCAGUAGAGAAAAUUGAUGCUGAAUUGCUUAUCCUGAAGUCAAGCAAUGACAUCAAUCUUUCACAACUUCAAAAACUUCUGAAAGGAUUGGAGACUUUGGAGUCGAGCAUUCAAAAAGCAGAAGAGGAACUUGAAUGCAUCUAUAGGCGUUUGGUUAAAAUCAGAGUUUCCCUUCUGAACAUUCAGAAUCAUUAAUGGCAUAGCUUCCAUGAGCUAGCCAAAAAUUUUGUAGCUUAUAUAGAGGUUUAACCUAUAUUGUAGAUAUGUACACAGAUAGAGAAUGAAACUCAAUACUACUGAUAGAAUUGCAAAUAUUUCCAUCAAA